AGCGCCCCCUUGUUUGCGUGUGAAGAAGCAGCACAGCGGCUAAUGAUAGCAACGAACACCAACGGGGAAAAUAAUUUAAUAUUGUGUUCUCUGACACUCUUACGGUCCAGUAAAAGUUACGAGAGGAGUUAAUUUUUUCUGUUCUUUGUUACAUUUUCACUGAGACUGAAGGAAUCUUUUUAAUCCCGUGAACGGGGACGCGGCCUGCUUAUGUAGCCGGCUUCCCGGUGCAGCUCAGGCGGCUUGCGCUGUCAGGAAAACCCGGUGCUUCCGCUCGCUUGUUUUUCUCUGCCGCGACAGAACCGGCGAAGCUUUUUAAUUAUUUUUACUGCUGUUGUUUUCAUACCAGGAAUCUAUUGUUUCACCGCCCCCUCUCGCUGAGCCGUGGGUGCCGGUACUUCUCACCUAAAAAGGACCAUUUAAACCCCGGAGCGGCCUGUUUUGUUUUCGAGCCGCCAUGAAUCUCUGCGAACAAUAACACAACCAUAAAUAACUAGCCUGCUGCCGCCGGGGCUGCACCGCAACUGGAGGGUUUAAUUAAUGCAUCAUGCGCUACAAGCUGUGGACAACACGGGAGGAAAAUGCAUGUGGAUAAUGGAUUCACAUGUCGGAGCACAUCGCAAACCGGAGCACUUUAUCAUGUGAAUUUCGGAGCUGCUGCGAGUUAACCGGGCGAAAGCGGCGUCAAAAGGUGGAGGAAACGGGCUCCAGUCCAGAUUUAGCUCUCUUAUUUUUCAUGUCGUUUGGAAACAACCGGAGCUGAUGAGGAUAAACCGACAUUAUGUGCAUGGUAGGCCCUUUUAGGAGCUGCUCCUUCUCCCCCGGACCGGGACAUCACGCCAAGGAUGUGACUGGGAAUGUGUGACCGGGAUUUCUCUGCGCCCAGACUGUUAUAUAUGUGGGAUUUACCGACGGAGAACUGACCGAGGUUCCUGCCUCCAUCUAUGCUCUCUCCAAAGCCGCCGGACUCCCUCGACAAAUAUUUUUACCUCACAGAAAGCGGGAGUUGAUCGGGGGUUAAUUUAUCUGUGUGUGGCUUCCUUCCUCUUUCUUUUUUCCUUUCUUUUUCAUGUGUUUUUAACGUACUGAUCCACUUAAACGGACCGAGCCAGCCAGCUGAGAUGAACCCGGUGAAUGCGACCGCUCUCUACGUGUCGGCGAGCCGCUCGGUGCUGCAGUGCGACCCCGGAGAUCCCCGGGAGCUGGCGGAGCUCUGCAAGGUUUUGCCGUUUUUCCGCCAGUCCCUGUCCUGCCUGGUCUGUGGUAACCUGCUGCAGGACCCCAUCGCUCCCACCAACUCGUCCUGCCAGCACUACGUCUGCCGCGGCUGUAAAGGUCAGCGGAUGCAGCUGAAGCCGUCCUGCAGCUGGUGCAAGGACUACGCCCGCUUCGAGGAGAACCGCCAGCUCUCGCUGCUCGUCCGCUGCUACAGGAAGCUCUGCCUCUACAUCACGCAGUCUCCGCUGGCGCCGCACCUCGCCAGCGCCGCCGGCGACUCUCCGGACCUGCAGGCUAUCCUGGAGGAGGGGCUGGCGCUGGCCGAGAGCGAGCCGGAGAUCGUCUCCGGGUCGCCGUCGUCACCGCCGCCUAGGACUGCGCCAGACGAGGCUCAGCCCCCGACGGAGGUCAAAGACGAGGAGCGGGGCACUACAGUGAACGGGCUCCACGACUGCAACGGCCUAGUGGGCUCGGACUCGCUGCAGCCCGUCGCUGUGGAAACGGGCGGGGGCGUGGUCAAGCAGGAGGGCUUCUCGGAGGAGCUGCCAGUGUGUGUGAGCGUGUCGGCCGGCGGGGGGGCGGGGCUCUGCGACAUCGGCCAUUUUGGGGAGGAGCUGAAGCACAGCGGGGGGGCUCUGCUGCUCAGCGUUGAGGAAGUGCUCAGGACUCUGGAGACGGACCCCGCCGAGCCCGACUACCCCGCCCUGAACGGGCCGCACCGCCUCGACCCCGCCUGCCUCAUCCUGGACAGCGGCCCCCGCUUUCCCCACCCCCACCUGUUGCCCCAGCCCUCCGCCGUCGCCCCCCACGUCCCGCCACGCUGCCACCGCAAGCGCUCCCGCUCGGAAAGCGACAGCGAGAAGGUGCAGCCCCUCAACAUCACCAGCCUCCUGCGGGGGCCCGCACUCCCCGCCCCGCAGCACCAUGCCGCCACCGCCAAACAUGAGCCCAGGUUCCCCACAGCCGCGCCCCACUCCCACCUGGCGCCAGUCCCCAACGGCGGCCACCCAAAGGUCGGCAAGACGGUUCUGGUCCACAACAAGGCCCUGAAGAAGACCAUGGAGCACCACGGGCCAAACAAGAAGCCCUACACCAAACCCCGGCAGGGGGCCCCCAAACCGCGCACCCAGCCCCGCGACAGGGCGCCACCCCACCAACACCCCCUCUCUCACCCGCCGAGCCCCUCCAAGCCGCUCUACAAGAAACCUGUGGAGAAGAAAGGCUGCAAGUGCGGCAGAGCAACGCAGAACCCAUCAGUGUUGACCUGCAGGGGGCAGCGUUGUCCCUGCUACUCCAACCGCAAGGCGUGUCUGGACUGCAUCUGCCGCGGCUGCCAGAACUCCUACAUGGCCAACGGCGAGAAGAAGCUGGAGGCCUUCGCCGUGCCGGAGAAGGCUCUGGAGCAGACCCGCCUCACGCUGGGCAUCAACCUCACCAGCAUCACGGCGGCCGCCCUGCGGAGCCCCGCCGCCGGCUCCCCGGGCGGCGCCCUCCUCAAUGUCACCACGGCGACCGGCGCACCCGUCUCCGCCGCCUUCCUGUCGGGCGCCGGCCACGACAACCGGGCCUUUGAGGAGUCGCUGGAGAUGCGGUUUGACUGUUGAGGACGCGACAUUUCUUCCUACAUUCCCGGGUCGACCUGCAGCGGAGCCGGAACCAGAACCAGAACCAGAACCAGGCAGCUACACGACGGGCGGUGCAUGUGGAGGAACACUGCAAAAAAAAUAAAAUUUUACCAAGUAUUUCUGGUCUCGUUCUACUGCAAAUAUGUUAGCGCACUUAAAAUAAUAAAAAACAACUUUAGGUAACUUUUCUGCAACAUGUAGUAGAUAAAUUUAAUAAAAUAAUUUAUUAGUUUAAAACUUGUACUUUUUAAGAACUACUAAAUUAUUUUACUUAAAACAAGCUCAAAUAUCAUGCAGAAAAAUUACUUGUGAGUUGGUUUUGCUUUAUUUAUUUGCACUUGAAACUAGACAAACAUACUUGGUAAACUUUGUUUUUGCAGAGAUGUAGCGUUACUGUAUGUGCAGAGGUUUCAUUUCACUUUUCUUUACUUCGUCUGCACUGCAAAAACUGAAUCCUACCAAGGAUUUUUGUUUUUUUUCUAGUGCA